AGUACUUGGUGGUAGAGCUGGGCAUCGUAGGCAGAGGGUCUUAGGCACGCAUUACGAUACGGAGGACUCGCAGCUGUGUCCCAAAGAGACCGAACGGAGGAAAGGAAAAAAUUGAUACACGUCGUCGUCACACCUGCGGAACGAAACAGGAGAUAACUUACCGCAGCGAUGUGAAGAGACACCUCUGAUAAUCGAGUCGCGGUGCGUUGUGCUGUUUAAUGAUCAGCACACGCCUGAACAUCCACAGAAGAAGGUGAAGAAGGAGAAGAAACAAAAAAAUACCUUCAUUUCUAAAAUCGCCAAAUAGAAAUUCUAAGAGAGCAGAUAUUGGUACGGAUCAGCGCAGCGAUCGGUACAGGGUAUUUGGAGAGGAAUAAGCUCGAAAUAAUCGGGAACCACCAAAAAAAAAAAAUAAAAAUAAAAAAAAAUGGUCCCCAUACCGCAGAAAAUAGAAGUCAGUGAGUGAUGUCGGUUUAAAAAUAAAGUGGUGCUUUUUUAAAAGUUGGAAAAGAAAAUUCGAACAGAAUCAGAAGAAAUUUACAAUAUUAACGUACGAAACGCGACAUGGGCGAACGUACGAAACGGAUAUCACCUGCAGUUUCAAUACAUCAAAGAUAAAUCCUGAUCAUUUUUUGCGACUCUCCGCUGGCACUUGUACCGAUCGAUUACACCUGAGGAGAAGGAUAUAGUAUACAUCAUACAGCUUUAUAUCUGCGAAUUGGAAUCAUGGAUUACCGUCACCGCGCCUUCUUUUACACCCAGGACGAUCAGGAGUCUGAAAAAGAAGAAAUGCAGCAGAGUAACUGCUCGGGAGACAACCGAAGUUCGUCGAAGCGGGGCACGCCAUACACAAGGGGGACCGCCAUGUCGUUUGGGUUUCGACGCAGGCCAGCGUCCGGCAUUCCUAUGCCGAUAAACGGUUCGUUUUCAACCGAGAUGUCGGGGGCGUCUUCUCACCCCCGUUCAAAAUCAGCGGGUCACGAACAAGACCGGAGACGAGAGGAAGAUCAUCAUCGCGGGCAUAAUUCGUCGGGCAGAUCAACGCCCAGAUUGGCACCCCCGAAAAAAGAGGCUGCCGGGGUGGCUCUCAGAACGAAUAGAUUCGGGUUCAGACAACCUCAACCUUCGAGGUACACGGAUAAGGUCGCCGACAUUUGCACAAGUCACAGCGGGGCGCAUUACAACGCCCAUAAUGCGGAGAAAACAAACGAUAAUUCGAAUCAGACGAGCAAGAUACAAGCUAACAGACGCGUCUACACCACGGCGUCGACAAAUUCUGGAUCAAAACUUCGACCUUCGCCCGUGAAUCCACCUUACAACAACAACAACCCUCUCACCGUGGAAAUGGGGCAUAGCAGGGCGUCUUCCUACAUACCGGAACCGAUCAGCAAGUACACGUUGCACACGAGUCAUCUGCCUCAGCCGCAAUACGCCGUCAGGAUGAACGAUUCUAAUUCGAAGACCGCUAAAACAGCGGCGAAUCAAAGCAGGAAAAUAUCAACCGUGUCAAAAUGUACGUCCAGUUCGAAGGAGGGGUCGGGUACGGAAGAUUCGGGGGUCGGUAGCCAGUUCGGUUGCUUGGCGGACGAGAGCGUGAGGAACAUCGAUUACCUGGAUAACAGCCCGACGAUAGACAGGCGGGGCCACGGGAGACCGAGAAAUCUGAGGAUGGUCGUCAAUGGGAAGAGUUUCGACGUACGCGACAUUCACGACGACAGCACCGUUACGGAAAUAUCGGUUAUAACACUCCCCAAGUCGUUCGCCAACGUUAAUCUGAAUACGGGUUUGGUGAGGGAGAGGACGUCGCAGUACCAGAGGGUCAUCAAUAAGGACAACAGAUACAACGAUUCGAUAUCCGUGACGUCGUCAGAGGGCUACGACGAGGGACUCGGCGAAGAAAAAGUCUACAAGGAUAGAUCCCGAUACGAGAAGGUGCCGUCGGUGAAGUCGGAUUAUAGCCCGCCCAGCAGCGAUGACCCCGAGUACGGACACGGGGAGGCGAUGGCCGACGAGUAUUCCUUCAGUUCGAGCGACGAAUGUAGGGCCAACUAUAAUUCUAACCUGAAGACGGUCUCGGCAGCUGCGAAGAACGGAACUUUGCCAAAGAACACCCUGCGAUCGGUCCUCCUGACCAUCGAGGAUCCGGCCUUCGCCGCGGCCGCUGCUACAUCCACGACUCUUAUCGACGACGAGACUUCGCCGGUGGAUAGCCUCUUCGACAGUCCCACCGCCAGCAUCACUCAAUCCGAUGGUAAAAAUUCAAGGAAGGAAAACCCUAUGGAAAAAUCUGGCAAUACCAUCGACGACGACAGCCCCGGCACGCCGACUAACGCCUCCAACUCGCUAAGUCUCUCCGAGGGGCGGGAAUUCUUCGACGAUGAAAUAGCCGAUCAGCCCGGGCUUACCUUUGACGAUUCUCUCCGGGUUGGUCACGAGCAGCCAGGGGUGCCCACCCAAGUCAAUGAGAAUAGCUACACUCUUGUCGAGUCUCAUCCGAAAACAAGUACAAGAUUGCACGGAAAAAGUGUGGAGAACAGUCCUAUGCACGGACGUAGACUCAGUCGAGCCGGUAGCGUCGAUACCUUAUCUCCUUGCGAAUCCAUCGCCUCCGAUGAUCUCAUGUUGGACUAUGAGCGAAGCGAUGCAAGUUCCUACGAAGAGGCGACUCAUCGGUUGGAUUCCAAUCCAGCGCUCCACGAACUGGACGACGCGACAAUUUUGUCUGAAUUAGAGGCUCAAGGUGAGGAAGUUAUGCGAGAAUGGAGCUGUCUGUUGGGCGCCCAUCAUCCCAUCCAACAGUCCAACGCAAAUUCCAACAACAAUAAUCUUAAUGCCAACAACAACAACAACCACAACGCUACCACCGAAUCCGGAAUCGGCAGCGGCAGGACGUCUAGAUUAUUGCGUAGCAGGUCUGGAACGGACUCACCACGUUCUUUGGACAGCGUCAGAACUCGCCAAGUUUCCAGCCCUCUGAGGCCUCCGAGAAACAUCCAAUCUCCCAGUUUAGAUUCUGGAGAUGAGGGAAGCUUAAGACUGGAACGCGGCACGUAUCAAUACAUGUUUCAGGACAUAGUCUCGAUAAAGACAAUGCUUCUGAAACUGAAACGGGUCCUUCAGGAGUCAGGAGAGAACAGUUUGACGAGGGCAGAAACUCUCAACCCAUUCGAUAAUUCUAUGAAGAAUGGUCUCUUCUAUAACCUGAACGAAGGCGUAACGAGUGAUGCGAGUACAUCACCAGGCAGUGGUGGGAAUAGCGUUGCAGAUGAGUUGGCUGAUCUGCGGAGACAAGUUGUCUUUUUGCAAGGACAAUUGGAAGAUAAGGAUAGAACGGUACAUCUGCUACAGGUUCAAAUGACAAAGUAUCAAGGUAUUAAUGGUAUCGAUUCACAAUGCAGUACAUCAUCAUCUUGCAAUAGUAAUGAUAUCGUCAAAGAAACGUGCAAUGCAGCUACACAGACUGAUAAGGUGCGACCGGUCUCAGCAGGUCCUUCGUUACUCCAGUCACUUCCACAGGAUGGCAACGUGGGGCCCCUCGUUAGCCGUGUGGGUUGGAGUGACUUAUGGAACCAGCCAAACCCUCCAUCAUCUGCAAUGCUAAAUGCGUUCAGGACUCUACGUAAACCCAACGAUCAUUCACCAUGCUUACUCAGGACUCGGCAGGAUCAAGCACAUAACGAUUGCUUAGGAAAAUCAGUAGCAGAAAGUUCGCCUAUCAAGAAAAUACAAAAAUCUAAAGACUUGGGACAGAACAGGUCAACUGAUCUGAACACUACUACGAAAGAAGCACAGAUAAAACCUGUAACAUCUACAACAAAAUCAUCUAUCCCAAUGCCCAGAAGACUUACAACCCAAACACUCAUUCCACGGGCAGCACGAGCUGUUUCUGCAACAGGACGAUCGCACAAUCCUUAAUGAUGUCGUUUUUAGGUAUUUCAUUCUAUUUCGUUUUCACUCAUCGUUUUAUGAAAUUCAUUCCUACACGUUUUUUUUUAAAUGAAAGACCAUUAAGCUCAUUUGUUCACGCAAGUUCUAUUUAUUUAAUGUCAAUUUUAUACCUCGCUAUAGACAGCUAGAAAAUUGAGAUUCAUUCCCUUGGAAAUGAUGACAAUUUAUUCAUCAAAUAACUAGGCUGCAAAAACUAACACAAUAUCUCAGAUUAUAGAGUCAAUUUUACAACAUGUUGAAUUCCGAUUACUGCAGACAACUAAAUGGUACUUAAAUUCGAUACAUUAAUAUUUAAAUUGUACAUAUUUGUAUGUUACGUUGAAAAAAAAUUUAUUAUUGAUAAAAUCAUUUUCUUAAAGUUAAAAAUGUCUUUAUUAUAUUCUUGUCAACGCGGGAAUCCGAAUUAGAAACUGUCAAGUGAUUCAUGACUCUUCGUUAAUCCUGUCAGUCAUAUUCUGGUAUCAAACGAUAAUUCAUUUGUCUUUUGAUUCGAAUAUUCAAUUUUUGUGAUCUCAUCAAUGAUUAAUUAGGCAUAAUAACCCCUUUUACUAAGGUUUAACGUGUAAGAUUUCCGAAAAAAACACUUGGGAAGUAUUUAAUGUGGGCAUAUCAAUCACCAAGAAUUGAAUGCUGUAGAGAAUCGGCGAAUUUUUUUAGAACGGUAAAUCUAUAAUCCGUUGAGAUAUAGGUACGUACGUGAUUAUGUUAUCGACAAGCCUUAACAAUAUCUACAUCCACGACAUAUUGUUUUUACCGUCGUUGAUAACAGAUACUCAAUAUAUUGAACUUGUGGAAUAAAAAAAUAUACUCGUAGGACGUUGAAGUAACGAGAUCUAAAGCCGUUCAAGUUGUGAAUUUCUGAUGUCUGUUAGUCUUUCAAUUUUGAUAAAAUCUGAAUUCUAUUUUAUUCCCAAAGAAGUGUACAUGUAAUUAUAAUUUGACAGAGCAAACACAAUAGUAUUCUUAAUUGUUUGAGGCAUAAUCAUUCUCAUUUCUAGUACUCGUAAUUUAUUAAAGCUUGAACGACUUUUCAUCAUCACACUGUCCUGCGCUAGUAAUAUAUUCCAGUAUCAUUAACAACGAGACGUCGUUGUCUUUGCACAUUGUUUCUGGUGCUUCAAUUUAGCUUCUCCCAAAUUUUUUUCUAUAUAUCAUGUCAGCGUCAAGUGUCAUUCAACUCACACUAGAGAAUCUUAAUAUACAUAUUUAUAAUUGCGCUCAUCACCGUGGUAAGUUUUGUCUAAACUUACAAUUCCUAAUGACCCUGCAAAUUAGCUAACUGGAUUUUAUUUACUUGAGAUUAAUAGGAUACAUUCUGAUUGGGAGAAGCUAGCUAAUUACUGUACUUACUGGUAUUAAGCGAUUGUAAAAAUCUGGAUGCGUCGUAUUCGGUUUUAGGGAGAUACGAGUACGAGAAGUGAAAGUUUUGUACGAACCUACAAUAUAGGCUUUAGUUACGGCUCUAACAUUAGAAUAUGAUUAUCCAACUUCUUAGCUUUUGCAAAUGCAAUGAUAUUUGCAAAAUUUUUACUCCGAAGUUAUUUUAUAAAUACAAAUAAGAUAUUUAAUUCGGUAGACAUAUUUUACAAAGUGACUAGAACCAAUCAUGAUCAAAAAGCGAUACGUCGGCGUAAAUAUUUUGUAAUAUAUAAUAGCUAAGCAGCAUGGCUUGCCAUAGAAAAAGUGCGAGAUAUUGGAAAAAAAUAUCAUGUGCAGCGGCAAGAAUAUCAACAUCUUCGUGAACAUUCUACUCAUAGAUCAGUUCAUGUAACGAUAAUAAUUAUGCUAAUUAAAAAAUUUGGAUAUGCAUUUCUAGCACUGAGUAUUGGCUGGAUCUGAGUGAAAUUCUAACUUGCGUUUUACUCCUAAUCCAUCUAAGGUGAUUUCCAACGUAUGAUCUCUUUUCAUUAGUUUUCCGUCCUCUAAUUACUGUGAGAUAAAGUACAAGUUUUUUCGCAUGAGUAAAUGUUAUUUAUGAAAUAUUUUGGUUUUUACAAGUUCAAUACACGGAAUCAUAGAAUUUUGUAAGAUUGCUCAAAUAAGUUGAAUGCAGUCUGAGAAUAUCUGAUGUGAAUUUUGAAUAAGAAACAUUGAUGGCUAAAUUGGAACGGUGAAAAAUAGUUUUGUGAAGAACUUAGUGCUCAUGUUUAAUGAAUUACGCGUUGUAUAAAUGUUGGAAAUCACGAAAUGGUGAUAUCUUAUUGAUAAUAAGAAAAUCGAAGUAUUCCAUCUCUAAUGUCCAAUACACUACGUUAUAGUAUGUAAUAAAAUUGAAAUCCAAACUGUCCUAUUUUACCCCAUUAAAAGGUGUAGCACUGAUAGUGGUGCCACUCGGCAUCUCCUAGAAAUAACUGAAAGAAAAUUGAAUAAAGUGUAUUUAAUCAUAACAGAAAUACGUGCAUUCAAGCUUCAUACCGAAGGAUCAGAAUAUCGUUCUCUAUAUUUUGUAUAUUUUGUACAUAUUUAAUUAUCCGUAUAGGUUUUUUUCUACUCCAAUAUAUUAGAAAUAAAUUUAAUUUUGUUUAA